AAGGAUCCUCAUCCACCCACCCUGACCCGCGACCUUUGGCCCCAAGACGCGAUCAGUUACACCUGUGACCUCGAAGACACAGGACAUACAGUGCGGAAAAGGAGAACUAAGGAAAUACAGUGUGAAACAAGAGAAUAGAGGACAUACAGUGCGAGGGGGAUAAGAAGUCGAAUGACACGUUUGUUGUCACCAUGCUGGAUGUGAUUUUCCACGCUGGGGCUGUGCCUUUUGGAUACGUCUGCGAGAUCACGAUGGAAAGCGAACAUUUGGGAGACUGCAUGGAUCAGCGGUUGUUGCCACAGGAGUCGAAGCAGCCAUGCGAUAGAGAGAGAAAUGAAUCAAAACCAAGCACACAUUGCAUCUUGGGAACUACCACAACCACACAAAACUACGGAUCUCUUCGUGGUCUUCAAAGGCCCUGUGCGAAGGAGGAAAACGAGAGAACCAAUAAUACGAGAGAUGAAAUGAAGAGCAGAGGAAACGUCGAGAAAAAGGUGGAUGAAAAUAAUCAGCUGUGGCGCGAAGUGGGUCGUGAUCUUCGCCAUAUUGCUGACACAUUCACCGUCAGCAACAGUAAGACCGACCGGAGCAAAGGAACUCAGUCAGGACCAACGUCUCCUGCGCUAGUUUCUGUGACAGCCACGAGAUGCCUGACUGCAUCUCUCUUGGCCCUAGCCUGUUGGAAAGUCAUCUCCAGUCUGCGCUGAAACUGACACUUGAAAAAAAAAAACUCGUGGGUUUGAGUUGAUAUUUACGCUCUCCGAUAUCUGGAGGGAGAGAAAGAGAAAAAGAACGAGAACGAGA